AUGAAAGCCUUCAUCUUAAUGUCUUGCCUGGCGUUGGCAGCAGCGCGCCCCGAAGCAGGCUACAACUACAAUAGGCCCGGCGGUGGCGGCGGCUCCGGUGGUGGUGGCAGCUUUGGCGGCGGUGGCGGUGGAUUUGGUGGCGGCUCCGGACUUGGAUUCGGCGGUGGUUCCGGAGGUGGAUUUGGCGGUGGUGGUGGUGCCGGAGGUGGAUUUGGAGGAGGCUCAGGAGGAAGCUUCGGUGGUGGUGGCGGUGGUGGACUCAGCUUUGGCGGUGGUUCCGGUGGAGGUGGAGGCGGCGGUGGCUUCGGAGGAGUCUAUAUUGUUAUCUCAUUUUUUGCAGGCUUCGGUGGUGGCGGCGGCGGUGGCACCACUCUGGUGCAGAAGCACAUCUAUGUGCACGUACCCCCACCAGAGCAAGAAGAAUCGCGUCCACGCCCGAAUCUGCCCGUUGGCCAGGCACAAAAGCACUACAAGAUCAUCUUCAUUAAGGCGCCUUCUCCACCUUCCUACCAGGCACCAGUUAUUCCUCUGCAGCCACAGAAUGAGGAGAAGACACUGGUAUAUGUGCUGGUGAAGAAACCUGAGGAUCAGCAGGAUAUCGUUAUUCCCACGCCAGCUCCCACGCAGCCCUCCAAGCCCGAAGUUUAUUUCAUCAAGUACAAGACACAGAAAGAAUCCGGAGGUAUUUCGGGAGGCUCUGGAGGCUUCACUCAAACCAACACAGGCGGCGGUUACACCAGUGGUGGUGGUGGUGGUGGUGAUGGCGGUUUCUCUGGUGGCGACAGCUUGGGUGGAUCAAUCUCAGCGCCGUCCAGCAACUACGGACCACCCGGCAAGUCUGGUCCUUAUUAA